CGGAACACCUCUGCGCAAUCAUACUUUCCAUAUUGUUGACCCAUAAAAUUUGGGUAAAUUAUUUUUAGCGGGAUCGGAAGCGAAGAAAGUAAGGAUCCACCUGUCGUUGAACAGGCGAGUGCUCAAAUAGCAGUCACUAUAGAAUACCUUCACCAUGGCCUGCUCCAGCUACAAGAACAAAACCGUGCAGCUGAUAAAGUGCUUCUGCGGUUGCAGCGACAUGACCGUGGCCGAAGUCAAGAGGAUCUACUUGCUGUCCAACAGUGUGCAGCAAACGCUGGUGGAUGCGGAUGCCACCAAACUGCUGCGAAGGUUCAUGGAGUCGAGGCGCAACGGCGACAAGGUGGAGGCCGAGCAGUACCUGGAUAUCUACGAGAAGUGCGCCGAGUUCCUGGCGGAGAGCCAGCGCACCUUCACCCAGGACGAGGUCGACGAACUGGUCGACCUGGGCCUGCCCUACGAUCUCGAGCAGGAUCUGUCCAAGCGCAUGCUCAGCGCCAAUCGGACGGACAUCAGUUGCGGGCUCAAUCGCAUCCAGGGCAGAUGUCGCAACGAGAUCGAGGCCAGCAGCGACUACCGCGACUUCAGGGACGCCAUCACGGCUAAGAUGCGUCGGGUACCGCAAUGAUAUAGUCAGCAGUAUGGUGAAUCAAUGCUUUAUGUGUUCACUGUGCAUCAGCUACCAAAGUUGUCACUUGGUUACCUUUGGAGAACCGCACUCAACCUCGCUCCGCUCUUUAACCUUCCCAGUGCCUUAGGGGCCCCCAGAUUAAUUAUCCUUUUGGUAGAUACUUAUGGUCAUACAACGAAGAAACGGAAACCGUCCUCCUUCCGAGACGUGCUAGAGCCCAGGCUCAUCAAACAUUCACAUUCUAUUGAACCCACAGACGGGGGUAACCUUUUACUUAACAUUAAUGAUAUAGUUGUUAUUUUAAUGUACGCUUUGUAAUGUUGUUACGCACUAGAAGUAGAGAAAUAAACUACCUGAUCCCAAACGGGAACGAAA